UGGAGAAGGUAGAACAGCGGGAGUUGGCAGAUACCUUGCGAGUAGGAAUUGCGGAGUAACAUUGCAUAUCGGUUUUCUGCCUUUCUCUCCUCCUUUCCGUCCAACCCCGGGCGUUCUGGACGGUGGUGCAAGAAAGAUCAUUACUGAUUAUUCUGUGCUCCUGUGAAAAGGGCUGCAACACCACAAUUACGCUCGCCCGUGUCCUCUUCGCAAUUUUUUCUCUGCUUUCCUUUCUUUUUUUUCUGGUGUUGGUGUUUGUACAUGGUGAAUGUAAAAAAGCAGAGGCUCGCUUCCUAUGUAGUGGUACACUAUACAGUAGUGGUAUGGUCACAGAGAAGACAGAGGAGACGGAUAUAACGAGAGAAAAGAGGGAUAAUGAAAUAUUCUGAUCGGGAAGAAUGUCCUUCCCAGACGAACUCUGAUGACUAGAAAAUGCUGUGUGUGAAGGGUGGUAUCGUUGCCGACGGCUCCGUGACCCAGCUGAGAAAGGCAAGAGAAAACAUCGAGCAGAACAUCGCCGCCGCUGCAGUAGACGGCGUCGAAAGGAGCUUGAGUCCCACUCUUCCCGGAGCAUCCAGUACAAUGGCAGCCACCGUAACGGACGAGAUCCACGUUUUCGCUCGCUAGACUCCGGAGAGUCCGCCGUUAGCAGUAGCCUGAGGAGGCGUGCGGCCAUUUCCCCUGGGCCUUCCCUGCUCAGGAGGAAGAUCGAGGAACCAGCCGAGACACAUUCAAGAGGAACAGCAAGAUCGAGUCAUUCAGCUGGGCAGCACGGACAGGAGAACGCUUAGAAGGACAGUAGGUUACAGGACGCAGGCACGGUCACAGAGACUGAGGAAGCAGAGAGACCGCAGACCCCCAGAACAGUACAAGGCGCCGGGUUGAGUUGGGGUCCUGAGCAGCCCACGGUGUCCCGGGGUGGUGCUCGGUGACAGUGACACGCCCAUGAGCCGGCUGUCGGGGCGGCUACGCUCGGCGGGCGUGCGCCUUGGGUGCGGGGCCCUGGCCGAGGAAGACUGCCUGGAACUGGAGACUCCAGCGCCUUGGGAGAGCCACGAGGGGCAUGCUGGGAGCGCAGGGACGCCUCCCCCAGGGGCCGGCUCGGGGGCUUCCAUCCACUACAGCUUCUUCUCCUCCCCGUCACUUGCUAACGGGCUGCGCAGCCCCGAGGACCGGCUGCACAAACGGCCCCGCAUCGGGGCAAGGAGACGCCGACAGCCAGAGCCCCUGGAUGAGGAAGGGCAGGAGGAACACGGCAAGCCCCAGCCAGAACUCCUGCAGGUGCACCAGCAGUUGGGCACCUUACCGCAAGCACACCCAGACCUCCGGAUGGAGGUGGAGACCGACUCUGUGACAGACCAACUGGCUUCCAUGUCCCCAUUGGCUCUUACGGGAGCUGAUCAGUCUGACAUCUGCACAGCCUCCAUCCAGCCGUGUACCCCUCAUUACUGCCCAGCCAGUCCUCUUAGCCCCCACCAGAGGGAGCCAGACCCUGAGCCCCCACUAAGCCCUGCAGCGUCUGCCCCGGUUCUGAUGCCGUCGCCCAUACAAGCCCCUCCCAUCAUUCCAACCCCCGUUGAGGGCGAGAGGAAAUACGCACUGCGCAGCUCAGGGCGGCCGCGUUUCCCCUGCCGACUGCGCAAAUCGUCCCGUUUGCGUCGGACGAUGGAAGACGAGGGUAAGAAGGAGGAAACAGAGGGUGAUGGACCAGGAGAAAGUGACAGGAGCUGUAGAGUAGAGGGUCCAGGGUUCAGUGGUAGGGGUGAGCCCUAUCAGCCCAGCGAGGCCAGCAUGUCUGGUGACCUUUUGUCCAUGUCUCACCACAGUAUAGAGUUCUGUGCUGAGACACUGGAGCCUGUCCAAGCCACGGGGCCCCUGUCCUGCCGGGGCCGUCGCCGGGGACGCUGUGUGGGCAUGCGCAAAAUCGUGGUGAAGGUGGCCCGCAUUCCCAUCAAUCUCAGCCGCCGACAGAAGAGCUACAAAAUCUCCUCCCUGGAGCCACCGAGUUUGCCAGUGGGACAAGAUGGCAGCGGGGGGCUUGGAGGGGAAGGCGGAGAAGGGCAAGGCAUGGGCGACGGUGUGGCAGGGGUUCCCCGUGAGCCAACUGCCUUGCUGAAGAUGAAGAACAAUGGCAAGAGCGUGAUGGUAAUGUUCCCCCCCGGGGAACUUCCCGUCAUCCUAAAGCGCCGGCGUGGGCGACCUCCGAAGCAAAUCGUGCCGGGCCAGCCAGAUCUGCGCGAGGCACGGGUCAGCACUGCGCUCUCCGGGGAGCCCAAGAAACCACGCCGGCGACGGAGAGUCAAGCUGCCCUCCCCUCAGCCUUCGUACGUAGCUGACACCAAUGACGUCAAAAUGGAGUAUGGAGACGUGCUCUCCAAAUUGGCCUUUCUGAACAGGCAGCCCCCGGCCACAGGGCGCUGCUCUCCGCCUCGCUGCUGGACACCCAGCGAGCCUGAGUCCUUCCACACACCCCCAGAGAACCCAGGUAUCUCCACACUGCUGCACAGGCUCACCGGCUUCCGCCGCAGGGGGGGACGGGCUGGCUGCAUGGGUGGCCGGGGUGGUGGGGCAGCUGGCUCUGGUGAGGCCUUCAAGAGCUCCUUCAGUGAUUUCUUCGAAACCAUUGGAAAGAAGCGAAAAGUGCCUCCCGCUGAGCCCGGGCAGCCCCGUAAACGGGGUAAGGGGGUGGCGGCCGGCCUGAGCAGAGCUGCUUUCUUGGGGAUGGACCCGGGCAGCCUGGCACCAGGGGAGAAGGGAGUCCGCAAGCGCCGGCCACGCAAGAAUGGGGUGCUGAAGCAGGGUCAGCAGGAGCAGGAGUGGUCCAACGGGGGGAGCUGGGGGGGCAAAGGAGGGGGGCAGGAGAUCCCCAGUGACAGGGAUCGGGGCACAAAUUAUCAGGGAUGCCCGUCCCCCCGCGGUCGCUUUCCUCCCUGCGAUAUGGGCAAAGGGUUCUACCCCAAUCGAGGGGUAAGUGGAGGGGGCGAGGAAGCCCAGGGGCUCUUUGCAGGGUAUUUUCGGUCUCUCUUGGACUCUGAUGAUUCCUCGGACCUGCUGGACAUCUCCAUGUCUAGCCCCGCCUCUCGCACAGACUCCCGCAAACUGACCCCAGGAUAUGAGUCCGGCAGUCCCGGGCAGGGCCAGCGCUGGUCUCCUGCCUUCCCCAAAAAGGCACUGAAAAGCCAAAGCCCUGCCAGUGACAGCCCACUUCAGGGCCAGCCCAGCACAGCGGCCCGCCCCCCGUAUGGAUACAGCAUGGCAGAGACCUCCCCAACUAACUCCUUCCCAAAAUCCAUGCCCCCGGCCCUUUCGCUGUCUCGCUCCCCCAGCUCGCCGCACCCUUCCUCUUCAGGCUUCUCCUCAUUCCCCUCUGGCUACGGCAGUGGUCAGCAGUCCACAGGCAGUGGCACUGCAUCACUGCCGCAGCAGCAGAGGCUAAGUGACUGCAGCUUUCCCUAUGGUGCAGGGAUGGGCAAAGGUCCCUCGACCUCCCCCGCUGGCCAGUGUCACAUGGGCUACUCUGGCUUUCAGCCAUCUCAGACGCCUGUCAAACGAGGCUAUGGCGGCUACCCCGGGUCAGCUCAUUCUGCCUUAUUACGAGGGGAGUCUGGGCACAUGACUGGGCCUGCCUCUCCUGGUGGCAGUUACAUGACAAUGGCAAAGACGAGUCCCUUCUCUUCUUCGUCACCCCCAGACAGCUGCAAGCAGUAUCCCUCCUCUCAGUGGGGAUAUAGACAGGGUUACCAAGGCUGGGGUCCUGACAGUUUUGGGCCCCACCAAUACCACGCCUACAGUGACUACUGCACCGGAGGCACCAACGAGUCCAAAGACAUCCUGGAUAUUUCAAACUACACACCACAAAAGGCAAAACAGAGGUCCUUCUCUGAGACGCUCUCCGAGUCCUCCUCUGACUCCUCACACCUGGGGCCCACCGGUGCCAGCAUGGGGGGAGGGGCUAGUGGGUACCGUCCACGGGACACCCUGCCUGCAGCUGAGGGCCAGUCCAGUUUGUCCAGCCUAGAGAAACUCAUGUUGGACUGGCAUGAGAACUCUGCGGGACCCUCCUACAACUGGAGCCAGAGUGUGCUGUUCCAGGGCGGCACAAAACCAGGCCGGGGACGGCGGAAACGCACAGAGUCACAGGCAGACCGAGAGGGCUGUGCACUGAAUUUCCCGCCGGCGUCACCCUCCAGCUCCUCUUCGCCUGGCCCAGGGCCCAAGCGCAGCCCGAUGGCAGCCCGGGCCCCCCGCGGGACGCGAGGCAGGGGUGGCUUCUCUUCCUGUCAGCGUGAAAGAGCCCCAUCGGGGAAGCCGAAAGUGCAGAAGCCCCCCACGACGGCAGCACAGCCUGGCGGGACAGCACUAUUCCAGGACACGCUGGACUACUACAGCGGAGACAGCAGCAGCCUGUCGCCACUGCCCUCGCAGACGCAGGGCUUCGGGCUGGAUGCCUGCGAAUACUCUAGCCCCUACUCCGUCCACCCAUCCACCCCGUCCUCUGAUGAGCGUUUCUCCCAGCUCUUCCCAGGAGAGACGGCUUCCUUGUCCCCUUGUCCUGAGGCGCUGAAGCCCUACCCGAAGCCGGCACCCCCCCCCGCCUACUCCGUACCUCCGCGAACAUUCUCACCCAGUUGCUCCCCUACUCCCCGGCUCCUGUCCUCCUGCAGUGCGGCCCAGAGCCCUCACCGGGCCCCCAGCAAGGACUUCCAGCAUUAUGACUCUCCCAACUACUGUGGCUCCCCCUGCUGGUACGGCCAGGGGGGGUCGCUGGCCAGCAGCCCACAGAGCUAUGACUCUGAGCGCCCCUCUGGUGCCACUCUGCCCCCCCACGGACGGACUGACAAAAGAGAGCUGAGCCAGGCGGGGAGUUCGGGCCUCAGGGCGGGCCCUCCUCCACACUCGCCCUACCCCAUCCCUCUCCAUCGUGGUUCCUCCUCAUCCUCCUGUGCUACAGUCACCCUGGACUCCUCCCCCCUGCCCGAGGACAUGGGCUUCACCCUGCACCCUGACAAUUACCCCAGUAUGCCCCAGCGCUACCCUCCCCAACCAGCGCGGGGCGGGGUCCUGUGCCAGCUGCUGGACCAGCCUGCAGAGGACGGCUUCACCGUCACCAGUCUGUAGGCCUCCGUCGGGUGAGCAGGCCACAGGUGCCAGUGCAGUCCAUCUCAUGCUUUUUCAGAUUUUUUACUUUUUUUUUAAAGGAGAAUGACUUCUUGAAAAACUUUUUAAAUAUAUUAACAAUGGUGGCAAUGUUAUGUGACAACCGUCGACACAUGAUUUUCUUCUUAAUGGACACACUUCAGCGUGCCCCAGCAGUGACAAUCAAGAAAUGAUGACGCACACACGCACGGUCACACCACACGGACAUAAACACACAGCUUGUAGCACACAACACUCAUACCCCGGCAUCCAGAGACUGUGACUCCACACACUGUCCACACGCGGAGCGGAGCGCACACAGACACACAUGUAACCUCUGUGACUGGGGGAGGGGGAUCAUCCUGACAGGGGGUGGGGGCAUGAGAUGGGGCAGUAGAGAAAAGAGCCAAAAAUGACAAAGGAGUGACAGGUCUGAUCGAGGGGACACAAAGACCCUAACUAUGAGGACGCUGAGCCUGUCUCCACAGAUGCAGUCCAGUCUCGACACCAUCUCCAGUCACGCUCUCCGAAUGAUCGACGACCUCACCUCCCCUAACCGCUUCUGCCACCUAGCAACCAGCGAUGCCUCCCCCCGCGAGGCUCCUGCACACUCUUACAGCGCUCAUACGAUACCAGCAUCUGUACAUAGACUUUGGAAACAAGGGCAAGGAGGGAAAAAAAUACAACAAAAUGGUGAUGUUCUUACAGUAAUGUGAAAUAUGCACUGAAAGGCUUUGCGUUUUACUGUGCAGAGCUGAGCUGCUCGAACCAGUUUGGGCAGACACUGGUGUAUGCUAAUGUAGAUAACUGAGCCCCUGCAGUGGCUGAGGGGUUAUGCCCUGGCUCUCACCCCCAGCGCCCCCCCCCCCCCCAAGCCCUUCUCCUGUGCUUUCUGUGACGUUAACUACGGCAUGGUCUCACCCUGUAGAUUUUGUUUGUUCGUUUGUUUGGUAUGUUUUCUUAAAAGAGAACAAAAAAAGACACUAAAUAUCAUGUGCUCACCCCAAAGAAUCAGACUUGUGUACGUGUACAUACCCCUGUUCGUGCGGGGCGUGGAGAGAGAGAGCGGGUCCGUGGUUCCGGUCCGAUGAGAGUGUCGAGUUCUGGAUCUCAGGGUGUGGACUGGACUGCCUUCUCCUCUUCUUUUCCUUCUCUGAUUUUCUUUUACUCUUUUCUCUGUUUCUUCUUCCCGGUCUCCUAACUGUGUUGUACGGUGAUUUGUGUGAUGGAAUAUUGUAUCUGUCUGUUACAUAUCAUAUCCCUGAGGUGCAAAUAUUUAAAUACACAUUUGGUUCUGACCAUUGCUAA